AUGUCAGCGGUUGCGCAGGCCGGCCCUGUCCCCGCGGCUACUCCUCCUGCUAGCAUGAGUCCGAACAACAAGGCGAAUGGUGUCAUGAAGAUCCACGACAUCAUCCACGCCGACCCCCGUCGUCUUCUGGUCCUGUUCGAUAAAGGACAGGACGAGAUUGUCCGUGUCGUUGCGGAUGUUCUCGGACAGCCGUUUAGUGUCGUGGCCUCGGUGCAGGAUGCUGGUGAGAGGACGGAUGUGGUGGUGGGGAUUGAGAACGGAUUGGUAUACGAGCCGGAAGUUUUGGGGAAGCUGGGGAGGAUUGUUAUCACGACGCAUGGGAUUGAUGUGAAGGAUUGCAGGGACGAGUAUGUGACGUCGUUCUGCGACUAUGAGUAUCUAUACAGCUCGAGUGGGUUUAAGAGAGGGACUAUCUCAAGAUAUUUGGGUUUUAUACUGGGAGAGCUCAAGCCGCAUGAAGGGUUGAAGAAGAAGUCUAGGACGACGUUGUUGUCGACAACUUUUCCGGACAUUCGCGCUGCUUUGUCGAACAUGGACAUUUUGUCUGUCGGCGCUGACUCCGUUGAGCUGCGCGUUGAUCUGUUGCAGGAGCCUGGAUUCAACGGCGCCUCCAAAGGCGUGCCAAGUCUGAAGUAUGUCGGCGAGCAAGUUAUGAUGUUGAGGGAGCGGACGGAGCUUCCUAUCAUCUUCACCACAAGAUGUACAGCAGAAAAUGGUCGCUUCCCGAUGGACAACCCAGCGCUAUUCUACGAGUACUUGCACAAAGCCAUUCAGUGGGGUUGCGCAUACAUUGACGUUGAGCUUUGGCUCCCUGAGGACAUCCGGCGCAGACUCUCCGCCAAUAAAGGCAGUACUCGGAUCAUCUCAGCAUGGCACGACUUCAGCGGCCGUUUCAGGUGGUCGUCCGCGGAGGCUCGCCAGGUGUUUGAAGCUGGUGCCGUCUAUGGAGAUGUGGUCAAGAUGAUUGCCAUCGUCAAUUCUGCAGACGCCAACUACGAGCUCGAGUACUUCCGGUCAGCGGUACAAGGUGUACAUCCACAAACACCAUUCUCCGCAGUCAACAUGGGGCCUGUAGGUCAGCUCUCAAGGACGCUCAACCAAGUCUUCACGCCCAUCACUCAUCCACUACUACCGGCGGUGGCUGCUCCUGGUCAGCUCAGCGCCGCCGAAAUUGGAUCUAUGCUGCACUCUAUGGGCCACGUGGAGAAGCAGUCCAUGUACGCCAUCGGCAAUGUGCGAGCAAACGGUCAGGCAAUGUUUCUGGAGAAGGUCUUGAACGAGCUCAGUCUACCCCACCGAGCAGUAUGCAUCGACCAUCUUCCACAAAACUCACUGGAGUCGAUCCUGUCUCAACCUGACUUCGGAGGCGCCUGGCUGAACCCCCCUCUCUCACUCACCAAAGCGGCCUACCUCCCCCGAACCACCGAGGCCGCCGCCGCCAUCGGCCAAGUCGACACCGUCGUCGUCCGCUCCGACACCUUCGGCAAAACCAUGGUCUGCGACAACGCGACCUGGAAAGGCAUCCGCGCCACCCUCACGCGCGACCACGUGCCAUCCGCCUACGCCGACCGCCCCGCCCUCGUCCUCGCCAACACCGAAGCCCAAGCCGCCGCGGCCAUCUACGCCCUGCGCGAUCUGAAAGUCAGCGCCAUCUACACCAUCGGCUUCACGGCCAACGCCUCCAACGGCCCUCACGUGCAGCAGUUCCGUGGGGUGGCGGAUAUGAAACAAGUUCCUGAGCCCUUCGUCAUUGUCUCAGCCCUGCCGGCGGAUAAAUCGCUCGUUGUGUUGCCGUUGCUGAGACAUUACAGCGGCGGGCUGCGCAAGACGCAGCGGCCGGGGAAGGUGUUUCUGGACCUUGCGAACGGGCAGCGCGUGAAGAAGGAUUCGGUCGCUGCUGCUGCGGAGUUGGGGUGGAGGAGCUAUCGGAUCGGGCCGGUGAAUACUUAUACUAUGGUUGCGAUGUUGCGGUUGCUGUUGGGGGUGAAUUUGGGGUAUGAUUUUGUGAGAUUGGCUAAUGGGAGGUAUCUGUAUGAAUGA